AUUUAUAGCAACACAUUCAUAUUAGAUGUGGUUCUGACGUUCUGUUUAUUUCUGCUGUGUGCAAUUGUUGGUUUAAUAAGGCAAUGCUUCUUAACCCUGGUAACAUUACAACUAGCUGUUUUGGUUGGCUUUGUAAAAGUUAAAUUACUCGAAUUAGUAAUCAUGUGCCUACAAAACCUAUUGUCAACUGUGGCUGUUUUGCUAUUAAUUUAUGUUUAGUAUUUUGGUUGUUGCAAAAAAGGGUUAAGAAGUUUUGGGUUUAGCUAAUCUCUCUGAUUAUAGGAAAACGAUAAAUCACGAUAAAUAUGGUUCUUGAAGCUGUUUGUGUAAUGAAGGGAAGUGAGAGUGUGAGUGGGACCAUUAAGUUCUCGCAAGUUGGGGACGGGGAGCCAUGUAAGAUUAGUGGAUCGCUUACAGGGUUGGCUGCUGGCAAGCAUGGGUUUCAUAUUCAUGAGUUUGGAGACCACACCAAUGGUUGCACAAGCACUGGGGGUCAUUUCAACCCACAGAAAUGCGAUCACGGAGCACCAGAGGCAGAGGUUCGACAUUUUGGAGACCUUGGCAAUGUGACGGCAGAUUCAAGUGGUGUAGCAGAGGUUAACAUCAGCGAUAAGUACGUCACGCUUACAGGGAUUAACUCAGUGAUUGGAAGAGCUGUUGUUGUGCACGCUGAUGUAGAUGACCUUGGUCUCACAUCUCAUCCACAAAGCAAGACAACAGGGAACGCUGGAGGAAGAUUGGCGUGUGGGGUUAUCGGGAUCACAAAGUAAAAGAUAUGCAAGUACAACUUUAAUUGACUCAUUAUGUUGUAAAUAAUUUUGCUUUGCUGUAAAUUGCUUUAAUCGAGAUACAUCUAAUAAGUUACAUAGGAAUCACAAAUGCAAAUUACACUCUUGGUGAAAUAAAGUUAUCAUCUAUUAUACAAAA